AUGAGACGAACGCGGAUUUUGCUGAACUCGCAGCGGUAUGCUGAGGCGGUUUCGAACACAGUGGACAAGUCGAUUCCCCGGGCGUUGAACAUUGCGUACCAGCAGGAGAAGGCUGAGCAGCUUGGCGACGUCAAGGACAAGCAGUCUGCUGCUGCCCGGGUGGCAGCGACCCCUGAGCUGGCCGACGUUUUCCUGACCGUCAACACCAGUCUUGGCCAUGAGCAGAUCCUGGUGCGUCCGACCAGCGGACAGCCUACCGGGUUGACCGACAUCCACCAGCAUCCCGAGCCCCGCGAGGCUCUUGUCAAGGUAUACGACCACACCAUGGCGUACCUUUCGGAAAAGUUCCCACCCACAAGUGUGUACCGCCAAUCGGUUGAGAGCAUCAUCAAGGCCCGCAAGGAGAUUGUACAGAGCAACAGCGACGUCCAGACCAUUGAAAACCAGAUCGGGUCUGGCUUGCUCGAGGAGAUUCUUAUCCAGGCCGCAGACGAGUUCCUGCUCGCCGAGACUCUGGCCCAGCACCAGGUGUGGGAGGACCUCGAGGAGCCAGCAUUGGAGGACCAGUGGAUUCCUCACUCAUAUAAGGAUCAGAAGCAAUAA